UCUCGCCUGCUGAGCCCGCGCAGCGCACCAGAUCAGAGCCAUGGCACCUUCGACGCAGUCCAAGAAGCUCCUGCUCGACGUCGGCCUCUUUGCGGUCUCGCAAGUGCUGUUCUACUAUGCGUUCAAGGUCGUCAUGAACCAGAUGGACCCGGCCAAGGGCAAGCGCAAGGAGUCCAAGGCCAAGUCCAAGGAGACGCUCGGCAAGCUCGGCAUCGACCUCGCGUCGCUCGACCUGAGCGAGCACGAGGAGAUCAUCGCGGGCGAGGUCGUCGCCGCAGAGGACAUCCACGUCUCGUUCCAGGACAUCGGCGGCCUCGACCCCAUCAUCUCGCAGCUGCGCGAGGCCGUCAUCUUCCCGCUCGUGUACCCGCAGCUGUUCGACAGCGCCGCCGGGCUCUUUGGCGCGCCAAAGGGCGUCCUCAUGUACGGCCCGCCGGGCUGCGGCAAGACGAUGCUCGCCAAGGCUCUCGCCAAGGAGUCGGGCGCCACCUUCAUCAACAUGCACGUCUCUACGUUGACCGACAAAUGGUUCGGCGAGUCGAACAAGCUCGUUGCGGCCCUCUUCUCGCUCGCGCACAAGCUUCAGCCGGCGAUCAUCUUCAUCGACGAGAUCGACUCGUUCCUGCGCGAGCGCAGCCGGGCCGACCACGAGGUGACGGGCAUGAUGAAGGCCGAGUUCAUGUCGAUGUGGGACGGUCUCACGACGAGCAACGACACGCGCAUCCUCGUCCUCGGCGCGACCAACCGCCCGAACGACAUCGACUCGGCCAUCUUGCGCCGCAUGCCCAAGCGGUUCGCAAUCAAGCUCCCCGACGCGCACCAGCGCCGCAACAUCCUCACCCUCAUGCUCAAGGACAUCCGGCUCGAGCCCGGGUUCGACCUCGAGGCGCUCGUCAAGAAAACGGACGGGUUGAGCGGGAGCGACUUGAAGGAGGCGUGUCGGAACGCGGCCAUGGUCCCGGUGCGCGAGUACAUGCGCAAGAACCUCGCCAACGGCCAGGUCGACCUCGAGAAGGUCCAGGCCGGGAAGUUCGACAUUCGCCCGCUCGCGCUGCGGGACUUUUUGCGGAGCGACGACGCCGAAGUCACCGCCGAGCCCCUCGACUGAACCCUCGCCCCCUCGCCGAGCAUCCCCUGCACCCCUCGAUCCUCAAGCAUGCCCGUCUCUCGCUCGUCAUCCUGUUGUGCACCGCCUAGAGCCCCCUCUCUCUCCCUCGUCGGGCCACUCUUGUACACUGCCGCGAGCGCAACAAUGUAAUAUCACAUGGCGCACUUCUACUCUCUCCUCUUGCCGUCCCUCUCGUCCUGCGCCCCUGCGCCAAUCCGCCCCUCGAGCUCUCGCCACGCGUCCAUCCACCCGCGCUCGAACGCCUCGACGCCGAACCGUGCCUG